AUGGAAAACCCAGUCGCCGAAAUUCCGCAGGUAAUCCAUCUGCUCACCCAGUCUAUUCCCUCGGUGCAGCAACAAACAAUUGAGAAAUACUUCACACCCUCCGCUUCAAUUACACAUCCAUUUUUACAUUCUGGCUCAUUUCAAGGCAGCCGAUGGCUGAUCAGUCGGAUAUUUCUUUUCUACAAAAUCAUGUCACCACAUGUUGAUCUGCACGUCAAAUCAGUAGCGUUUGACCGCGAAAAUUUGCUGUUAUACGUCACCGUGUCGCAAGUUUUCCGCAUAUUCAUUGUCCCCUUAUACACUGCGCCAGUAACUCUCACCACGGUGCUACAGCUUAUUGAGGGCGCAGAACAAGAUAGUCCAACCCAGCAACGCCUUAAAGUGCCGGUUGUCGAACUUACGAACUCGAAUACAGACCUUCUAGCUUCCUCUACAUCGACUUUAGUCGGGGAGUACUCUAGCACUACAGUCAAGCUAUGCAGUUCUACAAAGCCGCUAUACUACAUCGCUUCGCAGAAUGACCUGUACCAAACGAACGAGUAUAUAAAAUUUAUCAUGCCCUAUGGGAUUGGGGAGGUCCUUGUGCUGUUCUGGCACGCCUUUGCUACCAUAUUUUGCGUGCUGGCUUCCUAUUUCUUUUGGCCGAUUGCGUGGGCGGAGGAGAAUGGUAUACUACACAUUACUAGAUUUGACAGCACGCUUGGUAAGACGAAGACAAAUUGA